GACAAGAGAAGGAGAGGAAAGCAAGAGCUAACGUAGCUACAGCAGGCAGGCUGCUACUUCUGAGUCUGGAUUUUAAAAUACACCUUUUCAGUGGAGAAGGAGAGUUUCUCUUCCCUCUUGUGAGGCCCCCGUUCGGCAGCUGAACCGUGUGUGUGAUGUGAGCAGUGUGUGUAUGUGGAGGAAGCCCGUUUAGCGGCAAAGGGAGCGCCAACUGAGUGAGCGGAGCAUCUGGGCGUCUGAGAGCGAGAGCCAGCUGGCUGGCUGGCUGCACUGUGUGCUUUGAUGACCCCCUCUGUGUAGCUGCCUGCUCAACCCCCCCCCCCCCCCCCCCCCCCUCCUCUCUGGCCCCCUUUUCCCCUCUCUCCUCUAUCUCCAUCGCAGCUCCCGACCCAGCCAUGUUUGGCACAGAGUCCUCAUUAAGCAUGUUUCUGAACACCCUGACCCCCAAAUUCUACGUGGCUCUGACGGGGACAUCCUCCUUGAUAUCAGGACUCAUACUGAUAUUUGAGUGGUGGUACUUCAGGAAGUACGGUACUUCCUUCAUCGAGCAGGUGUCAGUGAGCCACCUGCGCCCUCUGCUGGGCGGCGUGGACAACAGCUCCCCAACCAACUCCAGCACCAGUAACGGAGACGCAGACUCCAACCGACAGAGUGUGUCUGAAUGUAAAGUAUGGCGAAAUCCACUGAAUUUAUUUCGAGGGGCGGAAUAUAACCGGUAUACGUGGGUGACAGGCCGAGAGCCACUCACGUAUUACGAUAUGAAUCUCUCGGCACAAGACCACCAGACCUUUUUCACAUGCGACUCGGACCACCUCCGGCCAGCUGACGCCAUAAUGCAGAAAGCGUGGAGAGAGAGGAACCCACAAGCACGAAUCUCUGCUGCACACGAAUCCCUGGAACUAGAGGACUGUGCAACAGCGUCCAUCCUGCUGGCAGAGGAGGAGGCCACCACCAUCGUGGAGGCAGAGAAGCUCUUCAAACAGGCCCUGAAGGCAGGAGAGGGCUGCUUCAGACGCAGCCAACAGCUUCAACACCAUGGGGCACAGUACGAGGCACAGCACAGAAGGGACACCAAUGUUCUGGUUUACAUUAAGAGGAGACUUGCUAUGUGCUCUAGAAAGCUGGGCCGAACCAGAGAAGCUGUCAAAAUGUUGAGAGACUUAAUGAAGGAGUUCCCUCUCCUCAGUAUGUUCAAUAUCCAUGAGAACCUGCUGGAGUCGCUGCUAGAGCUGCAGAACUACGCAGACGUACAGGCCGUACUAGCCAAGUACGACGAUAUUAGUUUACCCAAAUCAGCAACAAUAUGCUACACAGCAGCCUUGCUCAAAGCCAGGGCGGUAUCGGACAAGUUCUCUCCAGAGGCAGCGUCGAGGCGAGGGUUGAGUACAGCAGAGAUGAAUGCUGUAGAAGCCAUACACAGAGCUGUGGAGUUCAACCCACACGUCCCCAAAUACCUGUUAGAAAUGAAAAGUUUAAUACUGCCCCCAGAGCACAUUCUGAAGCGAGGGGACAGUGAGGCCAUAGCCUACGCCUUCUUUCACCUGCAGCACUGGAAGAGGGUGGAGGGGGCCCUUAACCUGCUCCACUGUACCUGGGAGGGCACUUUUAGAAUGAUCCCCUACCCUCUGGAGAAAGGACACCUCUUCUACCCAUACCCCAUCUGCACAGAGACCGCAGACAGAGAGCUGCUACCAACAGUGUUUCAUGAGGUGUCGGUGUAUCCUAAGAAGGAGCUGCCGUUCUUCAUCCUUUUCACGGCUGGUCUCUGCUCCUUCACCGCCAUGCUGGCCCUGCUAACACACCAGUUCCCCGAGCUCAUGGGAGUCUUCGCUAAAGCGUUUCUUAGCACCCUGUUUGCUCCUCUGAACUUCAUCAUGGAGAAAGUGGAGAGCAUCCUGCCAUCCAGUCUGUGGCACCAGCUCACACGCAUCUGACCGGCUCCGACUGGACUGAACCAGACUGACUGACACACCCUUUGUGCCAAGAUCAUGGAUUAGACGGACAGAGGAUGGAGGAGACGAGAAAAGGGAAACAUUCUGAAUCGGUUUUGACUUUAUUUGAUAUGUUCAAUUUUGUUUUAAAAUCUCAUGUAAAAAAAAAAAAUUUGUUAUUCAAAAAAAGGUGAUCAAUUGGCAUCAUUAAAAAAGUGAAAAAAAUACCAAAAUAAAGGACUUUGUGUAUUGCUGCAACUUCUACUACACCAUUUUGAUUGUCAAGCAUAUCACAACUGUAAUAAAUAUUCCCGUGGGCCAUAAGUGGCGUUCAGGUGA